CACACGCUGUUAUAUUUAUCCCCACAGGACAAUUCGCUCCUCACACGCACUUUGGUGACUUGUUUACUCGCAUUACUUUCAUAUGCAUCGCAAGGACGGUGGCGGCAUCAGCCCCGGCGAGGGCAGUGAUGGAGGGGCUGCAGUUGUCAUGGGAACGCGGGGGCGGCGGUGGCGGGAGGAGGUGGAGCGAGACCAGUUUGUUUUGUUAUUGAAGGUCACGUGUGAAGGUGAGGCUCCACCCCCCUCCCCCUCCGCCGUUGCCACCGAUUCAACCGUCUCGAGCUCCGGCUCCGGUCAGUUACAACAAAAUGGCUGCAGAGACUCCGCCGCCGACGAGACCCCGCUGAACGCUUCAUGCUGUGAGAAGAAGCAGAACCACCAGACGAAAACUGUUUGAUGGAAGAAAAGAAAAGGAAAAAGCAAGAAGAAAAGAAAAAGAAAGAAGCCGCUCAACAAAAGGCCACAGAACAGAUAACCAAAGUGCCAGAUUCUGCCAACCUCCACCCUACCCAUCCUCUUCCCCCCAUCAACCCCAGCGCCGUCCCACCUGUGUCCUCAUCAAGUGGUGAUGGCAAGCGCGCCCCCUCCGGAGGCCAGCCACAGACAGCACCGCAGCACCUCCAGACUCUGCUCCAGCAGCGCUACCCACCCAGGGAGGUCCCCCCUCGCUUCCGCCAGCAGGAGCACAAGCAGCUGUUAAAGAGGGGCCAGCCUCUGCCCUCUGGGACCCUGCCCGUCUCCACUACAGGAUUCCCCGCCACUACUGAACCUGCAGCAGCAUCCACAUCUUCAUCUGCCUCCUGUUCCUCUUCCUCCACACCCUGCCUGCCUACAGAACUGCCCCCACAGAGUGGCCAGGGAGCCCAGUAUGAUAAUCCCCUCUGGGGACACCUGCCAGCCAACAGGAGUGCCAUAAGUGCUGCAUCUUCCUCCAAUCUCAGUGGCUGGGAUCAACUGAUCAUUGACCAGAAGGACACAGAGGCUUGGCCUUCUAUUACCCUCAGCCAGAGCCAGGUCCCUCAGGGAGGAUGUCCUUUGGAUACUGAACCUGGUCGCCUGACCAGCAGCAAUAGUACUAGUAGUAGUUGUCGUACAGUGAGUAUGGCCACAGGGACCAAUAGCCAAACAGGCCACUUCCCUGCCAACCAUCUUUGCAACAAGGCCAACAGUGGGCCCAACUCUGCCAAUCAUACUGGAACCAGCAUGAUCUCUACCCAGGUUGCAGCCAAUCGCAGCUGGGGCUCUGGGCCAGGACCCUCCCAUUGCCCCCCUCAGUCCUCAAUGGGGAGUGAAGGGAAAAGUGACAGCUCAGUAGUGGGAGGAGGCACCAGGGGCUGGGGCACUUCUUCAUCAUCCUCUACCAAUAACUUUAACUUGAACCUAAACCCUAAUGCUAACCCAUCUGCUUGGCCCAUGCUGGGGCAUGAUGGAGGUGGCACAGGGGGAGGCAGCUCUGGAGGAGCCAAUACCAUUUCACCUUCUCAACCUUCACCCAACCUCUGUAAUCCAUCUGGCCCUCCACCAGCGCAGACGAGCACUUGUACUGGAACCAACACUAACAGCACCUCCUCUGGGAUUAGCAGCGCCUGGGGUAGCAUUAUGGCCUCUGAUACAUCAGAGUCACACCCUUCCCCAUCCACAAAUGUGUCUUUCAGUUCAGAACCUCAGAACCUUAAAACUGAUGGACCAAAUCACACUAAUAAGCAGGAGCCCCUCAGCAACUUGCCUGGAUGGGGUAGUGCACCUGUAGGCAUGGCUUCCAUGGGGCAGCCUCCACCAGGAAGUCCACAGGUCAAUGGAGAAGAUGGUUGCUCAGUAUGGGGUAACAAUGGUGACUCAAAGCCACCUUCAUCAAAGGAGACUCCUGGAUGGGACUCUGGCUGGGGUCACGGAGGAGGUGGAGCAGCAAAGUCUGCAGGUUGGGGUGACCAGUCUGCUGGAGACUGGGGAAAGCAGCAAACUGAAGAAGCCCAAGGAGGCUGGGAUGCCCCCAGUUCUCCUCCCCAGGAUCCACAAGUUAGUCCUUGGAGCAGAGCUGUGAGCACAGCUGGUGCCAGUGAAGGGAGCAGUGACAGCAUGGAAGGACAUCCACAACACAGAGACCGUUCAUCCAGAGAUAAUCCUGCACCUCUGCUUCCUGCCCAAGACCUGGACCCCAGGGUGCUGUGUAAUACUGGUUGGGGACAGACCCCUAUUCGUCAGCACACCACCUGGGACAUGGACGAUACAAAACGCAAGAAUGAUGUAGGCACUGAAUCAUGGAGCUCUGGUCCAACUUCUCCAAGUGAUACCCAAGGGCCCUCUAACAUUACUAUGGCCCCCAUUCAGAGAGCUGACUCUGGGAGCAAAAAUGAUGUGCCUGGUUCUCAGGGAGCUUCAGGUUGGGGUGGCGGCAUAGCUGCUACCAAUCAGCCCAGUUCUGGUUGGGGAGAGCCACAUAACAACAUUAAGCCCCCAGGUAGCUGGGGAAACCCUCCAACAGGAUCUUCUAUGACCAAUAUACCCAAGAAUGGUAGUCAAUCCUGGGGAGAGGAGAAGUCAAGUGGGUGGGAUGAUUCUCACACCAAGCCGACAUCCCAGGGCUGGGGAGAUCAGCCCAAACCAUCUCAUAGCUGGGGCAAUAGUGGAGGAAGCAAUAACGCAGGGGACUGGGGAGAAAAGGAGGAGAGCAAAAACAGCCCCACCAACCCUUCCUGGGAUGAAGAGGCAGGAAGCUGGAAGGAAAACCAACGAAGUUGGGGAACGCCUGCCUCAGGACCUGGAAUAUCUGGGGCUGGAGCUUCAGCAAAUGGGGGCUGGGGGGACCCAGGUUCCCAGCGUUCCAGUGGCCCUUCUCAAGGUUGGGGGGUGAAGCCACAAGAAGGGUCUAGUGGUAGUAGUGGAGGAGGCAGUAUGGGCUCCUGGGGUGGGUCAGGCACAGUGAAGCAGGGUGGAGGCUGGAGUGGCUCUAAGCAGGAGUCCUCCGCCGAGCCUACAGGGUGGGAAGAGCCCUCUCCACCUUCAAUCCGACGUAAGAUGGAAAUAGACGACGGAACUUCGGCUUGGGGUGAUCCAGGUGCCUAUAAUAAGGCAGUCAACCUGUGGGACAGGAACAGUUCAGGAAUGGGCCAAGCUAAAGUUACUACUGUAGGCAAUAAUCCCCCAGGCCCCAACAACAACCACUCUCACAAUCACCCUUACCAUGGGCCAUCUGCACCUUUACAGAACCACAGCCAAAACUCUCAAAACCCAGGACCUGCCAGUGGGUCUAUGGACACUGUUGUGCAACACCAGUCUGGGCCAUCUCACAACAGGGGGCCUCUAAUAGCUCAAGAGAGAGCUAAGCUGAGCCUGGCACUGCCGCAGGCCGAGAGACAGCACAGUGUCUCUGACGCCAAAGGGGACUGGGCUGUGCCAAAUCUUAAACGGACAUCUCCUCCCUCUGUCAACCAUCCUGUUCAGCCAAGCCCAGGUUGGGGAGAUCUACCCAGCUCCCACUCAAAAUCAGAGAGCUCCUGGGGAGAACCUGCACCGGCUCCAGUCAGUGUGGACAAUGGUACUUCUGCCUGGGGCAAACCUAGUGGCAACUGUGGAGGCUGGGGUGACAACAACCCAGACAGCUAUAGCAGGGGCAGCACAACAAUGGCAUCUGCAUCUUGCAAACCUGCCCCCAAACCUAUGCAAGACGGAUGGGGAGGUGGAGGCGAGGAUCUGAGCCUCUCAGGGGGGCAGUGGGACACCGAGGAGGGAGACAUGUGGAACAGCGCUGCCUCUCAAGAGAGCAACUCAUCCUGUAACUCUUGGGGCAAUGCAUCCAAAAAGGGCCCGCAGAAGGGAAAGAUCCCAGGGAAGCAGGAAGACGCCUGGAUAAUGAAUCGUCUCAUCAAACAACUGACAGACAUGGGCUUCCCUAGGGAUCCGGCCGAGGAAGCUCUGAAAACGAACAACAUGAACCUUGACCAGGCCAUGAGCGCCCUGCUGGAGAAGAAGACGGAGCUGGACAAACGUGGGAUGGGGAUAGCCGGCCACGACUACAACAACGGGCUAAUCAACAAGCCCAUGAGCUGCCCUCGGCCUCCACUUCUUUCCAAAGACCCCUCAGCAGACCCCCGCUUGCCCUUCAUGGAUAAGCAGAUGCAGGGUGGAAUGUUUGGCAGUGGUGGAGCAGCACAAACCCGGGCCAUGCAGCAGCCGCCUCCGCAGCCACCAGUGCCACCCCUCAGCUCUUCUCAGCCUAGUCUACGUGCUCAAGUGCCUCAGUUUCUCUCCCCUCAGGUUCAAGCACAGCUCUUACAGUUUGCAGCAAAAAACAUUGGUUUGAAUCCUGCACUUUUAACCUCGCCAAUAAAUCCUCAACUUAUGACCCUCCUAAAUCAACUUUACCAUCUGCAACUGGCAUACCAGCGUUUACAAAUUCAGCAGCAGAUGUUGCAGGCGCAGCGCAAUGUUUCUGGCCCCAUUCGACAACAAGAGCAGCAAGUUGCACGUACAAUCAAUAACAUGCAGCAGCAGAUCCAACAGCACCAGCGUCAGCUGGCCCAGGCCCUGCUGAUGAAGCAGCAACAACAGCAGCCGCCCCCCUCCCACUCGGGCCUGCAUUCUGGUGGGGCCAAAUCCAGCCUGGAUUCAUUUCCAGGUCACCCCCAGGCCCAAGGCCUUCCUGACCUGCAGACCAAAGAGCCGCAGUCAUCCCCCAGUACCUACAGCCCCUACUCUCUCUCUGGACUGAAUCCAAACUUGAAUGUAAACUGCAUGGAAGUGGGAAGUCUGUCUAUGAAGGAACCACCUCAGCCACAGUCACGUCUGUCACAGUGGACACAUCCCAACUCCAUUGAAAGCCUCUCUGGUAGCUCCUCUCCUUUAGAGCCUAACUUAGGCAAGCAUGGUGCCAACCUGGGCCCCCCUGGAAAGCCCCCUCAGAUGGAGGACUCUUACAGCCCCUACAACCUGAUGUCCAGCACAGAGUCUCCUACCAGCCCCCUGGUUCCCCCAGAUAGCUGGGGGCAGGGCAAGAGCAGCAGUGACAAGAUGGCCAAUGGGACCAAUAUCAACUGGCCACCAGAGUUCUGCCCUGGUGUGCCUUGGAAGGGUCUCCAGAAUAUCGACCCUGAGACCGACCCCAAUGUGACCCCUGGCAGUGUCCCCAGUGGGCCCACCAUCAACACUAACAUUCAAGAUGUCAACCGCUACCUGCUGCGGGACAGAAGUGGAGGCUCCUCUCCCACUUCAUCUCAGAAUGAGGCUCUGCCUCCCUCCACUGAUUGGCCAGUCAGUGCCUACACUAGCUCGUUCAGUCUGUCGUCCCCGGAGACGGACGAUGCAGGAAAACUGUCGGAGAUGAAAUCUACGUGGUCUUCAGGCCCCAUUUCUCACAGCCAAGCCUCUCUGUCCCAUGAGCUGUGGAAGGUCCCACAGGGUCCCAGGAGCAGUUCCACGGCCCCUUCCCGCCCACCGCCUGGCCUCACCAACACCAAGCCUUCUUCAACCUGGGGAGGCAAUUCUUUGGGUCUGGCCCAAGGUUGGAGCAGCUCUUACACCACAGCAGGUACCACGUGGAGUACAGACAGCUCCACCAGGACCAGUAGCUGGCUGGUUUUGAGGAACCUCACUCCACAGAUUGAUGGUUCCACUCUGCGUACACUGUGCAUGCAGCAUGGCCCUCUUAUCACAUUCCACCUAAAUCUGACACAGGGCAACGCUGUGGUGCGGUACAGCUCCAAGGAGGAAGCUGCCAAAGCUCAGAAGUCCCUGCACAUGUGUGUGCUUGGGAACACCACUAUCCUGGCUGAGUUCGCUGGGGAGGAGGAAGUGAACCGCUUCUUUGCACAGGGCCAGUCGCUUGGCGGAACCACCAGCUGGCAGGCCACUCCAGGCACCAAUCAAACGAGGAUGGGCGGGACCGGGUCUGGAGCCUCUCACCCCAUCGGUCACUCGCCUCACUGGAACAACAAUAAUGGCAGCAGCAGCAGUAGCAGCAGCCUGGGAGCAGCCGGAGCAAAGACCGGCGGAGAGUUGCUGUGGGGCGGCGUGCAGCAGUAUUCCAGCCUGUGGGGACCCCCGAGCGGAGAAGACGGACGAGUGAUGGGAAGCCCCACCCCAAUCAACACGCUGCUGCCUGGGGACCUGCUGAGUGGGGAGUCCAUGUAGAGCAGGCUAAACAACCGGAGCAAAACCUUGCAAAUCAAUGUGGAGAUAAUCAAUGUUUGUGUAACAGUGAAACGGCGAGAAGAGAGGGCAAGGCUACAUCCUCGCUGCUCGCUUUGUCAACCUCCUCUUCUCCUGUUUUUCAGUUUUUAGCGACAUUUCAGUUUGUAGUUUUGUGAAUCUCGCGGUGAGAUUUUGGUCACAGUGUUCAGCUUUUACUUUUGGAGACACAGGAAGAAGUCUUUGACUCAACAAAGAAAGAGAACUUAUUACUGAAAUUAACCUUUGAGAACUCGACGUGCAAAACGUGUACUUCAGUCAAACUGACACAACGAGGAGCUGCCACCAUUAAGUUCCAUAAUCCCUCUCUGCCUUUGGAGGCAAUCAUUCUGCACCUCAGAGAUCCACAAAUAGCUCAUCAUUCCCAAAGUAAAACCCUUCAAUCAGAGUGGUUGUUGAACUUUCAUCUGGUCCAGACUCGACAUUUUGUUUCUUUCAGCACUAAUAUUAGCCUUAACCUCUCCUGCCCUGCUAUCCUCAAUCUGUAUUUGGUGAAGAAACAUACCGACACUUGCACACCCUUAUUUCUGAGCCAAUGAAACCUGAGUGGAGAGUACAUGCUGCUGCGGACUGACAUAAGCAACCACAGCUCACGUUUUCAGUGCUUUUUUUUUU